AUGGCGCUGUCCCUGGUAACCGGUCUGUACAUGCUGACAAACAUAGCUUACCUGGCAGUGCUCAGCCCCUACGAAAUGCUGGCCACAGGCUCUGGAUCCUCUGCAAUCGCCGUGGUGUUUGCGGAGCGUGCGAUGCCAUGGAUUUCCAUGCUCAUGCCCGUGUUCGUGGGUGCGUCAGUGUUUGGAAGCAUCAAUGGGGAGGCGAUGUCAAUGUCUCGUUUGACAUACACUGGAGCCCGAGAAGGACACAUGCCCUCCAUUCUGGCCAUGAUCCACCACUGUAACUUCACACCUAUUCCCGCCAUUCUGAUAUUGCUUGUGCUGGCCGUUGGCUACCAAUUCUACAGCGAUUUGUUUGCGUUGAUUGAGUUGGCGGGCUUUGCGUUCUCCUUCAUUGCAGCUUUGGCUGUGACCGCCCUCCUCUAUAUGCGGUACAAGGAGCCCAAUCUGAAGACAUCGUUCCAGCUACCGAUUUUCUUCCCCAUCCUCUUCCUCAUAUGUGACCUCUUCAUCCUUGUGCUGACGAUCUAUCAACAACCGCGUGAGUCGCUCUCCAACGUGAUUCUGAUGUUGGUGGCGGUUCCCAUCUACUGGUUGGGUGUUUCGUGGGAGAACAAGCCGAAGAGCUUCCAGAAUGUGAUUUAUAAGGGCACAGUAUUUCUGCAGAGAGUGUUUGCCUGCGUGCCAGUGGAGGAUGAGUCCCAAUUGAACUAA